AUGGGUUAUGUUUCAUUCACUCAAAAAAAAUACAGCAGCAACAACAACAACAACAACAACACUGUUACUCCACAAGAACCCAAACAGUCCCUACCUCUCAAUCGCGACUCCCCGGGGUUCAGGAACAAAUUCGACGAGCUUUUGGUGGGUGAUUUUAGGGGAUCGGAGGUUGGAAAAUUCACGGUGUCUGAUCUCAAUUCCUGCGAGGUUAGGAUAAUUGGUUGUGUGAGUACACUAUUCAUUCACAGGUUGAAGGAUUCUAGGGUUUACGUUGGGCCCGUGAUGAGUUCAGUCCUCAUCGAGGACGUUGAGGGCUGCGUUUUUGCCAUGGCGUCACAUCAGAUUCGGAUCCACGCUGCAACAAGGAGCGAUUUUUACCUGAAAGUUAGGAGCAGGCCCAUAAUCGAGGAUAGUAAUGGGGUGAGGUUUGCGUCGUACUGCUUGCGCUACGAAGGGAUCAAAGAGGAUCUUCGUGGUGCUGGUCUUGAUGCAGAAACUGGGAAUUGGGGGAAUGUGGACGAUUUCAAGUGGUUGAGGGCGGUGCAAUCUCCAAAUUGGUUGAUUUUGCCGGAGAAUGUAAGUGUUGGAAUCGUUGAUAUAUUCAAUUUGGAAAAUGGGAAGAAGGACGGAACUGAUGAUGAUGAUGGGAUGGGAUGGGAUUUGGGAUGGAGGGUCAAAGAGUAGGAGAAAGGG